UGCCUUUGUGAAGUCUAUUAAGAUUAGUCCUGCUCCAUCAGUCCUUGUCAAGCUUCUGUCAAAGUGGGGGUCAAAGUAGUGGACUCCUUUGGUUUGAGCUGACUUUCUUUUUUCAGUCCAUCUCACAUUACUAAGAGAGUAUCAUUUGAGAACAUUGAUUGUCAAUGAAUGCAUCGAUGGAACUUUUUUGUGAAAGCAGACUUGUUUGCGAGAAGAUCUUUCACUGAAUGGACAGACUGGAACGGACUAACCAAUGGCCUUUGAAACAAUCAUGCUCUGGUUAUCACUGGCCACUGUGGACUUGCACUUAUUCCUUCAUUAAAAAGAACUAGAAGACUGUUGUAAGUGCAACACUCUCAAUGAACUGCAUCAAGUGGUUUAAUCUUGGAAUCAAAAAUUAAGUCAAGGUUAACUGAGGAAUACUGAGGACCUUCUACAGUUCAUUAAAGUGCAUGAUGGGUGCAGCACGUGUGAAACGCCGUUUCAGUGCAGUGGUGGAUGGGCCAGUGGAGGAAGAGGAGGUCAUGAGGCUGGCACAGAGUGCUGCAGACACGGCAAGGGCAGGGGGGAGCCCAACAGGGUCAGGGACCCCAACCAGCCCCUCCCCGACCCAUGCCCUGAACGGCAAAACUCUACCUCUCCAGUGCAACACCAACAAUGCACGGAGGCAGAGUGCAAUUGGAGAGUCAGUUGGGGGAGAUCUAAGAGAAGGCGGGGUGAGGGCAGGAGAAAUAUGCUCUGGGAUUCGGAGUGGAAGAGGCAGUAAUGUAGGAGGAAGAGGGAAAGGCCCGUCAUCUUUGGAUCAGGAUUCUCUCUCUUCCCCCUCCACUACCAGCCGCCGGCGUAACAGGCGCUCAAGCCGCCGGCCCCGACAACGCUUUGUGGGCAAGGACGGACGCUGCAACGUCACCUUCGUCAACAUGAGCGAGAGGGGCCAGCGUUACCUCAGCGACCUUUUUACCACCUGUGUGGACAUUCGAUGGCGCUGGAUGCUGGUCAUCUUCACCCUCUCUUUUCUUCUCUCCUGGCUGCUCUUUGGGUUUGCUUUCUGGCUCAUUGCCUCCGCGCAUGGGGACCUCUCCAUCCGGCUUACCCCAGGCUCAGGACUCUCUCCGGAGUCAGGAGAGGGUGGGUCUGGUGUAGAGCCUGAUAGAAAGGUAGUAGUUGAGGAGCCCUGCUUCCUUCAGGUGAACAGCUUCAUGGCGGCCUUCCUAUUCUCCUUAGAGACACAGACGUCCAUCGGUUACGGGUUCAGAAGCGUGACCGAAGAAUGCCCUCUGGCGGUGGUGGCGGUCGUUUUGCAGUGCAUUGUGGGCUGCAUUAUUGACGCCUUCAUCAUCGGGGCUGUCAUGGCAAAGAUUGCCAAGCCCAAGAAGCGCAACGAGACCUUGGUGUUCUCCGACACAGCUGUUGUGGCGUUGAGGGAUGGAAAGCUCUGUAUGAUGUGGAGGGUUGGAAACCUACGCAAGAGCCACCUGGUAGAGGCACACGUUCGAGCACAACUACUGAAGCCUAGAGUAACAGAGGAAGGAGAGUUCCUACCACUGGACAACGCAGACAUCAAUGUGGGUUUCGACACCGGCACAGACCGAAUUUUCUUGGUCUCUCCAGUGACAAUUGUCCAUGAAAUCAAUGAAGAAUCACCCUUUUUCGAAAUUGACCGAAAGACCCUGGAGAAUGACAAUGAGUUGGAGGUGGUCGUCAUACUUGAAGGCAUGGUGGAGGCCACAGCCAUGACCACACAGUGCCGUAGCUCCUAUCUGGCUUCUGAAAUCCUCUGGGGUCAUCGAUUUGAACCAGUGCUCUUUGAGAGGAAAGACUGCUACCAGGUGGACUACUCAUUCUUCCAUCGAACUUAUGAAAUUCCAAACACACCUUCAUGCAGUGCAAAAGAGCUGGCUGAGCAGAAAUACAUUCAAAGCUCCCGCUCAUCAUUCUGCUAUGAGAACGAAGUGGCUCUGCAACUCGUCUCCCCUGAUGAUGAGCCUGACCAGGAUGCUGAGAAACCUUCCCCACCAACACGCAGGCCAUCCAUGACAGAUCAUCUUCACUACAACUGAACCUGUGGGAUGGGAAGCUUUUAGGGAAAAGAGACAGGAUAAGCAGUUAAGCUGAAGAGUAGACAUAAAGAGAGGGAUAAAAUGGUAGGUUUGAGCAGACAGGAAGAAAGGCUUAAAACAUGGGUAGGGCAAAGGGUGCCUGUAUGAAUGUUAAGUGUAAGGAGAAAGAACAGCAAGAUGUUUACUGUUAUUAUCUGGCAAUAAUGGUGCAGAAGUGGGAGCAAGUCAGAAGAUCAAGUAAAAUUACUUAAAGAUUUGUCAAUGUACAGGUAAAUAGACAGGAACUGUAGUUAGAAAAACAGGACAGUUUAGACAGGAUCUGUCUAAAGGGGGAGCAACCAGUUGUCUGAUUGGCCCUGGCAAUCUUUCAAAAUCAUUGAAAACUCGUCUGCUUAGUCUCACACCUGGCCCAUCGCUACCACAGCACGCCCUUCUGUCGCCAUUGCCUGAAAGAAAGAAGAUGCAGCAGCACCCCUUUGUGACUGUAACCUGCUACUGCAAGUUCAGUCAAAGCUGCAGGAAUUUUCUAACAUUUCUUGGAGAACAUCUGUGAGAUGACUGGUAUCGUACCUGCUGAGGUAUAACUCAGGAAUGUAUUCCACUCUGAUGCUGAUUUAUCAUUUCAAUUCUUUAUUUUCUUAUGGUAAGUAUGGAUAGUGCACAUUUUUUGAUACUUGUGGAUGAUUGAUGAGGAUGUAGUUGGUUAUUAUUAUAUGCUAGGCUACUUGUAGAGCCAAAAUAGAGCAACAGUAACAUGAAGAAACAGCUGAAAACUAGCAGCGGUUUUGAGAAGUUUCUUUGCCAUGUUACAGUAUGUGUUAUAUGUUGUUGAUUUUUUGGCUUUUGAGUUUUGCAAAAAAAAUAUUGUUCACAUGUUGUAACACUUGCUUUGUUUAACAUUUCGUGUUGACUUGUAUGGCACAUGGUGAAAAAGAAAUGUAGUGUAAGUCAUUUUAAACCACGGCAGAUGAAGAAUGUUCAGUCCAGACUAUGCAUUUACUUUGUUUCUUGUGCUAUUAUAGAGUAUAUUCACAUGUUCUGUUGCUAAAUCAAUCUAACUUUUUGUUUUGCUACAUUUGGUUCUAGCACCUAGAAACCAAGCAUUAGUAUUUUAAUAUUUUAAGUGUCUUGGCAGUUGGAGGGCCCUUGACAUUUUCAGGGCAAAUGAUGUUCUCAUAAACUUUGUACAUGCAGUGGAGGCGUCGCUAGAACAUAACUGACUUUGAGAGAGAUGAGGCCUGUGGUUACCAUCUGCACACAUGGAUGAAUCAUGAACUGGAAGCAACUCCACUUUCAUAGAAAACUAUUCUGUAUGUUAAUGCCCGUACACUCAUGUGACGCCCUCCUCUAAUUCUGAUGUGUUACAGUUGGUUUCUCUCACAGUUUGUGGGAAUAAUGUAUUGAGUGGUGCCUUUAUAACAAACAAGAGAUCCUGCAACUGCCACUUGAGCUUAAGCAUUUUUUUUCUUGUUUAAAAUGCAAAUAUAAUGUUUUUCAAUCAUUAAAACAUUUGCAGUAUGUUGCUUUAAGUAAACAGUUAUCUAUGCAAGUUAUUCACUGGGGAUUUGCUUGUUACCUGAGAAGUGUCAUUAAGUAGAAUCAAUACUUUUAUCUGAAUUGUUUUGUAUGUCAUAGUUGCACUUUGUAGUUAAAUUGAAAGGCACCUGGAAUGUUCUUGUUUCUUUUGAGAUCCUUUUUUCAGUAAAUAAUGCCACCUGAGUGUCCAAAUGUUUGAGAAAUGAAAUGUGAUACACCAAUGAU